GCCGCAUCUACUGCGAGAAUGAAGACCAUUCUCAGCAAUCAGACUGUCGACAUUCCAGAAAAUGUCGACAUUACCCUGAAGGGACGCACAGUUAUUGUGAAGGGCCCCAGAGGCACCCUGCGGAGGGACUUCAAUCACAUCAAUGUAGAACUCAGUCUCCUUGGGAAGAAAAAGAAGAGGCUCCGGGUUGACAAAUGGUGGGGGAAUAGGAAGGAACUGGCCACUGUUCGCACUAUCUGUAGUCAUGUACAGAACAUGAUCAAGGGUGUUACACUGGGCUUCCGUUACAAGAUGAGGUCUGUGUAUGCUCACUUCCCCAUCAACGUCGUUAUUCAGGAGAAUGGUUCUCUUGUUGAAAUCCGAAAUUUUUGGGGUGAAAAAUACAUCCGCAGGGUUCGGAUGAGGCCAGGUGUUGCUUGUUCAGUAUCUCAAGCCCAGAAAGAUGAGUUGAUUCUUGAAGGAAAUGACAUUGAACUUGUGUCAAAUUCAGCUGCUUUGAUUCAGCAAGCCACAACAGUUAAAAAUAAGGAUAUCAGAAAAUUUUUGGAUGGUAUCUAUGUUUCUGAAAAAGGAACAGUUCAGCAGGCUGAUGAAUAAGAUCUGAGUGAUCCAGUUACAGAAACUGCAAGAGGCCAGGCUCAUAUGUAAUAUUUUAAAAAUGAAUAAAAGCUCUUUUGACUUGGAAAAAA